CCCUUGAAGCAUAGGAUCACAGAACAGAGCAAAGUGCACUUUCCCCUGUUUUUUCUACCCUGUUUUCAUAGAGAGCAGAACUCAAGCUUCAAAUGGCACUCCAAGAAUUCUCCAUUGUUCUUACAACUCUCAUUGUUUUAUUUAUUGGCAUGAACAUGCAAGGUGCUGCAGCGGACUAUGGCGGUUGGGAGAGUGCUCACGCCACUUUCUAUGGUGGGGGUGAUGCUUCUGGCACAAUGGGGGGUGCAUGUGGAUAUGGAAAUUUGUAUAGCCAGGGCUAUGGAACAGACACAGCAGCUCUAAGCACAGCUUUAUUCAACAAUGGCUUAAGCUGCGGGUCUUGCUAUGAAAUGAGAUGUGACGAUGACCCAAGAUGGUGCAAGCCUGGCUCUAUUAUUGUUACUGCUACAAACUUCUGUCCACCAAACCCAUCUUUGGCCAAUAACAAUGGUGGUUGGUGCAACCCUCCUCUGCAACACUUUGACAUGGCUGAACCGGCCUUCCUGCAAAUUGCACAAUAUAGGGCUGGAAUUGUGCCUGUGGCCUUUAGAAGGGUGCCUUGUGCAAAGAAGGGAGGAAUAAGAUUCACCAUCAAUGGCCACUCUUACUUUAACCUAGUUUUGAUCACCAACGUUGGUGGUGCUGGGGAUGUCCAUUCAGCUUCCAUCAAAGGAUCAAGAAGUGGGUGGCAACCUAUGUCAAGAAAUUGGGGACAAAACUGGCAGAGCAACUCUUACCUCAAUGGACAAGCCCUCUCAUUCCAAGUCACAACCAGUGAUGGUAGAACCGUGACAAGCAUCAAUGUGGCACCGGCCAAUUGGCAAUUUGGUCAAACCUUCCAAGGUGGUCAAUUUUAAUUAGAUACUACAAUGUGUGGGGUAGGUUGUAGUGAAGAAGUUUAUAUACUUCCCUCAAUUUUAUCAAAAAGAAGUUUAUAUACUUGUUAAGUUUGUCCAUGGAAGACGCAUAUAUGAAGGUUUCAUAAUAGGGAUUGAUUCUUGUAACUGUGAUUCUGAAAGACCAGUGUUUUAUUUUAUUGGUCUGCAUAUAGUAGCUGAGGUGGUAGUAUGGCACCCGCUGGUCACUUCACAUGUGGAGGGUUUUAUGUUAUAAUUUUGUGUAUUGUGCUACUUUUCUUCAAUUAGUAUAUUGACAUUGAUGAGAGAAAUGUCAUUUGAACAAAUUUUGUUAUUUCA